AUGGGUGUUCUGUCUCAGCCAGCAUUGAACCAGUGUUUCCUUCUCAAACCAUGCAAGUCCACGCCCUUGUUCACGGGGAUUCCUGUGGUCGACCUCACCCACCCCGAUGCCAAGACCCUCAUAGUGAAGGCCUGUAGGGACUUCGGCUUCUUCAAGCUCGUCAACCACGGUGUUUCAUUCGAGUUAAUGGCCAGUUUGGAACACGAAGCCCUCAGAUUCUUUAAAAAAACUCAGUCCGAGAAAGAAAGGGCUGGUCCCGCCGACCCUUUUGGCUACGGUAACAAGAGGAUUGGCCGUAACGGCGAUGUCGGUUGGGUCGAAUACCUCCUCCUUAACACCAACCCUGACUCACCUAAAUCACUCUUAGUUUUCCGAGAAAAUCCUCACCAUUUCAGGACGGUGGUGGAGAAGUACAUUACAGCGGUGAAGAACAUGUGCUAUAAGGUGUUGGAAUUGAUGGCGGAGGGGUUGGGCAUAGGGCAGAUGAAUGCGUUAAGCAGGUUCGUGAAGGAUGAGAAGAGUGAUUCGUGCUUCAGGAUGAACCACUAUCCACCGUGCCAUGAGGUGCAAGCACUGAACCGGAAUUUGGUUGGGUUUGGGGAGCACACAGACCCUCAGAUAAUUUCUGUCUUGAGAUCUAACAGCACAUCAGGCCUGCAAAUCUGUCUCCCAGAUGGCACUUGGGUUUCAGUCCCACCUGAUCAGACUUCCUUUUUCAUCAAUGUUGGUGACACUCUACAGGUAAUGACUAAUGGGAGGUUUAAAAGUGUAAAGCAUAGGGUUUUGGCUGACACAACGAAGUCAAGGUUAUCAAUGAUCUACUUUGGAGGACCAGCGCUGAGUGAAAAGAUAGCACCUUUACCUUCAUUGAUGUCAGAGGGAGAGGAGAGUUUGUAUAAAGAGUUCACAUGGUGGGAAUACAAGAAGGCUGCGUACGCGUCAAGGCUAGCUGAUAAUAGGCUUGCCCCUUUUGAGAAAUCUGCUGCCGAUUAA